UCGCUGCGUGCCAGGGCUCUCGACCAUCUCGGGACUUAGGCUGGAAAUGCAAGUAGGAAGAAUUAACAUUCCUGUGGAAAAAUGUAAAAGGUGAUGGACAGUUCUUUAUAACACUUUUAAAAUGUGAUCUAGUUCAGGAAGGAAAAUGAAAGGCAAUGGGAAAAGCUUUGCAGAAGAACACCUGUAUUUGGAAUUUUCUCAUCAGAUGGAAAAUUGUAUCUUCCCCCUGCAUACAUCUAUAACCUUGUUUCUGUUGUCUUACUGUGACUCCAAAGAAUUCAGAGUUUUCUUAGUCUCCAGCAAAGAGAAUGCAGAUGUUGCUUUUCUUCAACCUGUACUUCCACAGGGUCUAGAACUUCAGAUCAUUUCAAGACAGGAGUUGCCAGUAAUGGUCCAGAGCUGCUGUUUGCCUGUGGUAGUGAAGAGAGCCGACAAUUUCUGUCGAGCAGGACUCUCUGUCACGUUAAGACACAUAAUACAGAAAACGUAUGAAGCAGAUACAUCAAAGAAGGAAGUUUUAGAAUUACUCGGUUUUAAGAAGACCUGUUUAAAAGCUUGUGCUGAAGUUAGCCAGUGGACCAGACUCUGUGAGCUCAGCAUCCCAUUGGCUGUGGAGAGGUUCCUACGUGAGCCUCUGGAGCUUCAGCCCCCUAUCCCAGAAGAAAUGCUGCAGCUGGAGAGGAAGCUCAGGGAGCCUGUGAGAGUACACAACGAUGACAAAAUCCGGAGACAAAAGCUGAAGCAGCAGCAGGAGGCAGAAGGACCCAGGCAGAGUACUGGCUCUGGGCACCAAGAAGCACUCCGACGAAGUGCUGAGCCUGAGCCUCCCACAGAGAGUCUAGAACUCAGGGUGGCAUUAUCCAGACUCAGAGUCCAGGAAGCUCCUUCUGAGACCAAUCGGGAACCUGUGCACAUCAGGAAAAUGCAGACCUCAGAUCUGCCACCUUUGGACCACCUUUUUGCAGAAGGACUUUAUUUCACCCUUGCUGAUCUAGUCCUUUUGCCCUGUAUCCAUCAGUUUCUGGCUCAGAUCUGGAAGAAGCCCUGUGGAAUUCUGUCACAUUUACCUCUGAUAGCCUCCUGGUACCAGAAGAUUCAGGAAGUACCUGGAGUAAAAAGAGCUGCUGCUAAAUGCAGGAUGCAGUUUCUUCAGUUAUCAGACCUCCUGCCCACCCUGGAUAAGCAGCCACCAUUUUUGAGUGAGAGUCCUGAAAUAGAGGAGAAAAACUGCAUACAUUUUAUAGGAGGACCAAGGCCAACCAUUUCCAAACUAAUGAAAAAAGGCAUCGAGGCAAAGUUUUCUCCCCAUCCCUGCCCAAACUGGGCCCUGGAUUGGAGCAGUCUGCCUGCAGCAGUAAGUCCAGAGGAGGGCAAGAUGUCCACUGAACGUGCUUUGCGAAAGCAGCAGCAAUUAAACAACCUGGUCUCUGUGGUAACAAAUAUGGCCAAACCUGGUGACAUAGUUGUGGAUUUCUGCAGUGGUGGGGGACAUGUUGGAAUUGUCCUUGCUCACAUGCUGCCAUCAUGCCAGGUGGUAUUGAUUGAAAACAAAGAGUUAUCAUUAGUGCGAGCUAAGAAGAGAAGUGAUAACCUGGGUCUGAGCAACAUUUGGUUCAUUCAAGCAAAUCUGGACUAUUUUACAGGGAAGUUUAAUAUUGGGGUGGCUCUGCAUGCUUGUGGAGUGGCCACAGACAUGGUAAUUGAGCACUGCACCAAGGCUCAGGCAGCCUUCGUUACAUGCCCUUGCUGUUAUGGUUUCAUUCAGAACACCUUGAAGUUUACAUUUCCACGAAGUGAACCGUUCAAGGAAGUUUUAUCUUACAAGGAACACAUGAUUCUUUGCAGAUUUGCAGAUCAGACAGCUGUCCAGCUACCUCUAGAACGAAGACAAAUAGGCAAACAGUGUAUGUGCCUUGUGGAUCUGGAUCGGGCCUGGGCUGCAGAAGAGCAUGGCUAUUCUGUGCAAGUGAUAUCCAUGGAGCCUGAAAGUUGCUCUCCAAAAAAUAACAUGCUAGUUGGUGUCCCCGUUUAGGCCAAGGACAUUAGGCCAGGCCGUUCCCAUUUGAUUUUUCAGUCAUCAUCAUCAAAACCAGUUAUUAGAAGGCUCUUGAUCAAUCCAGGAAGUCCCCCACAAACAUCUGGAAACCAUCGUCUUUGGAAAGGGAAGCACUGAGAGAAAUCUGCAAUGCCCAGCUGCCUGCAACGCAUUGCAUGUGCUGCUUAGGGUGUGUCAUUAGGUGGCUGCUGGUUCUCCUGGUGGGAGCCCCCAGCAGGGCCAGCCAGCCGCCUUGCAGAGAAGAGCCCUCCUGUGACUGGAGGCGUCAUUUCCUUCUGAGCACAGAAGUUUUCCUCUGGGCAGUGCUCAUUCGCCAUGCUGCUCAGAACACGCGCGCCUUUUUGUAAGGGCUGUCCUGAUCUCUACACGGAAAGUAAAGCUGGGCCUUUAGCAAAAACUAAUCUUUUUAAACAGUUAUACUUCUGCUAUAAAAAAAUAAAUGUUUUGAAUUGGUGGGGUAUUUAUUUAGACCUUUUGUGUACAUGGGGUCCCUCUCCCCCUUCCUUUCUCCUUCUUUCCCUUUCUCCCUCUCCUCCCCUCAACCACAUCUAUCGAAUCAUUGGUUUAGUGAAUUUCUAGUGAGGAUCCUCCCUCUGCCUGUGCAGAUGGGCACCACUUCUGCAUUUGUGGUCUUCGGAAGCUCCUAAACCUCAGUGACUUGCCCAGGGCUACAUAGCCAGUAAGUAAGAUUUGAACUUUGGUCUUUCUGAUUCUUGAUCCAGCUCCUCCUCCAGCCUGCCACACUGGCUCUUUCUUGCGUGCUUUUAAAAUACUUUUCUGUAAUUUCACUCAGAUCAUUUCUCCAGUGUGUGUGUGUGUGUGUGUGUGUGUGUGUGUGUGUGUGUACAUUUUCCAGUGCAAGACUUGAAACUGAUAGGCUUAAUUGUAAAAUAUCAGUAAAGACAUGUACUUCAGAAGAGAAAAAUUCACGGAGAGGAAUUAUUCUUUUAGUUGUAUUAGUUCUGUCAUUAUAUAACUAACAUUUCUUUUGUUAUCUUCUUGGCCAGAUAUUAAUCACAAGUCAUUAUUUUUCUGUGCAUAUUUGUGUGUAACUUGGUAGGAUAAUUUUUUUGUAUAUUUAAGAAAUUGUUCUUACUAGUUCUCAGCACUGUAACCCUCCCAUUUUUUUUUUCCAUUAACCACAGUUUUAGGGGUAGACAGCAUGUCCCCAGCCUUCCCUAAUGCUUCCAAAUUCUCUAUACUCUAGCUUAUGCAUCAGUUCCCUUUUAGAUAAGAGUAACUUCAUUGCCCUCUCCAUAUUUGGUGGUGGAGGGGGUGGCUGUAGUGAAGAAAACAGAGUUUUGGAGGGUUCUUUGCACAUAAGGAAUACAUUUUUUUAAGCCAUCAUAAUGUUGGUUAGAAUAUGAAUUUAAAACUUAAAGGGACUUUAGAGGUCACCCAGUCCAACUCUCAUUUUAAAUAUGAGGAAAUAGACUCUUAGAGAUUAAAUAUAAAGUGACUUGCCCAAGGUCUUACAAAUAGUUAGUGGCAAAGGCUAGAUUUUAACUCCCCAGAUAUUCCAACUCUUAAUCCAGCACUCUUUGCACCAUACAAUGUUUCAAAAGAAAGCUUCCAGUUUUUGAUACCCAGAGAAGAACAUGAAGAAGAAAACAGAUAAAUAAAUCUAAGUGACAUGUGAUUUGUUACAUAGUCACCUGCCUGAAGACAGAAAGACCUGCCUCAAAAGCAAUUGUUUAAAAGUAACUUCCAGACUGAUUUGAUAAACAUGUGGUUUAUAACAUAUGUUUCCAGCCAGUAGAUUCAUGGUGAAGUAGAAAGAUCUCCACCUGGAGUCAGAGGACCUGGAUUCAAAUCCUGCCCUUGAUAUUUAUUACCUGUUAUGAUGGCUCAAGUAUCUGAUGCCCUUCCUGAGAUUCAAUUUCCUCAUCCGUACAAUGCGAUCCCUUCCACUUUUAUAUAUAAUAGUAUCAUAAUACUAGCCCCAGUUGUACAUUUGACUUGCUUAAAACCAUCCCACAGCCUUUUCCUCCUACCCACUUCUAUAGAUUUCCAUGAGUAUUCAAGAAAAAAGAAAAGAAAAACUGGGUAAUACCAAUUAGGUCUUUAUCCUAUAGGUCCCAAAUAGUGCAACAACUAAGGUCAGAAAAUGUCACCUUUUUUUUUUUUUUAAAACCAAAGUUGUAUAGGAUUUGUUAAUGAGACCCACCCUAAAAGAUGGUUUGUGAUUGGAAUGUUGCUGAGAUUGAGUAUUUCCUAAAUCCAGUCAUCCAGGAUAGGAUCUCUCUUGAAACUCCAUAAGGAAGAAGGGUUACAAACAUAAAAUAAGCUAUCACCUGUCCACUCUUCAAUUGUGGUAUGUCUGUUGUCUUAUCAUAAUAGAAUGGUGAUGUGGGUGAAGUCUGGAAAAUGGAGAGUGAAGAAUUUGUCAUCUUAUCAUACCCCUUUACCAGGGGACUGGGAGGGGAACUCUGACCUCACAGGGGGAGUAUUCUGGUGACCUUGGCACCCUAUAGUGAAGCAAGAAACCUUCAAUUAAUUAUUAUCAUUUGAGAGCAUUGCCUCUUAAGACCUUCCAGUUUCCAUUACCCUUACUCUGAGAUCACCAAGCACCCUCAGAAAACUAGAUGAUCUCUGAUGUCAUUUAUAAUUCUUAAGAG